CAUACACAGCGCGGCGGGAGAAUCUCCCUUUUUCGACAGGGCAGCCGCGUAUCAACAAGGGUAUCUAACGAUGAACAAGGGGCGAGACUCGUCCAGGUUGGGGCGAUAAUGCUCUUGAACGUGUCGUCCUCAAGCUUCCGCUUCACCCGUUUCGGACAAAAUUAAAUAUUUUAUCUCGCCGACGAAAUCGUGCCUCUCUUGCUUUCUCGAUGAAUUUCCGAGAGAAGGUUCUCCAUUAAACCACGGAGCCAACUGGAGAAUUUUCCCAUUUUCAUCGAGAAGGAAAAAGGCGGAGGGAAAUUCUCGAAGAGAAAUAAUGGAAGAGAGAGAGAAAGGGGGGGGGGAAUUGAUCGCGGUACGGCCGACGUCAUUUUUCUCCGUGGUGUUAUUCCGAAUCGAAGUUGUCGUACAGGAUGCAAGCGCGUCAAGAUUACGUACGUGCCAGGAAUUCUGGGAUAUUGACGGUAUCGAAACCUACGAAUUCUUCCUGUCGUCUCUGUUGUUCGUCUAUUCGGCGCCGGCUUUAUACAGGAGAGACUUUAAUUUCCCGGGAAUCGACCGGGCAUACUAUCGUCGUCGUUUCAAACAAGAGAAAAACCAUAGAUAGCGAUUGCUUUCCCUGCUGCGAGUUUAUCGCGUCCUAGAACGCAUCUCCAACACGCAAUUUCUGUUCUCGUUUCUCGGCCGAUUACUCCAAAUACUUCCUAUCUCGCGUCUAUCUUAGCUCGCGAGCGUGUGUGUUCGAUGAUAACACGCCAAUCGACAGAUAAAUCAAAUUAGGCUCAUAGGAGAACAGGGUAUACGUACCUAUUGGUACCGUGGCUUCUCCAUUUCCUCUUAAUUGUCUUGUUGGAACUCGCCGAUAUCGAGGCUCUGACACAGGCCGUUAUUUCGACGGAAUAUUACGUCGACGAUGAAGAACCGAAUCGUUCCUAAUUUCCAGAGUUACCGAAGAACCGAGGUUGGUGAAAGUUUCGCCUUUGUAACUUUCGAAACAAAAAGUCAAUCCAGCCGAAGUCUGGGACCCGGUUCCUAACCUUUUGUCGAAAGUAACAAUUAUCGGAGCUCGCAAGUUCUUUUGGUUAUUUAAAACGACUAACGGAAGAGGAUAGCGUGAUUGCUUCGCUAUCGUGGCCCGCAAAAGGUGGACGACAGUAUUUGCGAAACAGAGUCGCGAAAGUCGACUUGAUUUCGUCCAUAACUUCGUUGUCUACCUUCCCCUGUAUGCCGCAUUAAUCUCGUGUGACGGGCAAAUCCCGUCGCAAAGAUAAUUAAAUUGUCUACGAAAAGGAUUAAUUAAACCUUGACAUUUCGUCUGUCCACGCGAUAAUCUUAUGCCCCAUCGGAUCGUUAAAUCCUGCCCAGGCAGUCCUGACGACGUAACUCGCGUUACUACAAACGUAUCGAUCCGACUGGAUGUCGUAACAGGUUGUGAGGAGCACGUGGUCGAAUAUAAUAUCGUUGAAAGACACAACUUGCUACGGCGUUGCUGUUGCGAAUAUUCUUCCGAUAUUCGUGGUCGCAUCGCCGGCGUUUCUAACGAUAUUCAAUCAGAUCGAUAUGUACGAAUCGUGGUUUCAGUCACUCGAACGUCCCGAUAUACAGGCACAUAAUGUGCCGGCCAGACACACAGGUACGCGCAAAUUUUCAAGAGGUUGCGGAUAGGUCUCUGACCUAGGCGAGCUGCAACGCACACACUUCGGUCGCAGUGAAUAUUCCAUUCGUAGUCACAGGAAGUAGCGUGAGAGUUAUAUAUGCGCAUAGGCUCGAACGGGGUUGCGGCUAUUCCGGCUAGCGGCUCUCGAGGGUUGUUCAGCUAUCAGGGACGUACCUCUCCGGCCACUCGAUGCAUCGUAGUUUCGCAUUAUCGCGCGACCCGUCUCUCGUGAAAAUAACCACGUGAAUUAACUCGUCGCUGUGCGCGAAACGAACGGCUCUGACGGUAAAUUGUUUUCUCAGUCCGUUUCUACACGUACGUAUAUAGCUGUAGCGUACAGCUUGGACAGGCUUAAUAUUUUCCAGGUUUAAAGGAUUAUUUCGGAAAUAGAAUGAACGCGUUUACAAGCGCGCUCAGGCAGUCUGAGAAAGCUCUUGUUUUCGAACUUGCGAAAUGUUAGGCUAGUCUGACGAUAACACUCGACAACGUAGGUUUCAAGGACGCGCGAACAUUGUAUGAGAGUAAUCGAGUUAAUUUCGUCGAUUAUGCUUCUCCGUAGGGUCGACCGAUGUUGCGGUUAUUCCAGUGCUCGACUCUCCAGGGGAUGUCGAGCUUGUCCUUCGCUCAGGGACGCAUCCUUACGCGAAGCCCCGAGUUUCCAGAGCGCGUUGAAGCGCAGCUAUUACGAAAUCAUCGCCGAAAUUAAUUCGAACGGUUCGAUAACAAGUGCGAAACUAAUUUGGCAAAUGGCAUGGGAUCUUUGCUCGUUCAGAUACGAACGAACUUGCGGCUACCGCAUUGGCAAACGUUCGAAACGCUGGCAGACGUUGCCGGAUGCUUCGCCAGCGAAUUCGCGGCUAUCUCUAUCCAACGCAUCGCUCGAAACUGCCAAGGAGAAAACACUCGCAAUCUUCAAACUAGUCCAUUUCCAGCCCUUUCCAAUUUUCCAAACCUUUUGACACCUACCCCUGGAAGCUGUCGCAAUCCUGAAAAAUGCGAACAACUGUCUUUCGUUUCGAUGCAAAUAAUUGCGUGUACCGUGACAAACGGUCUACGGGUAAUAGAGAGAAUAAGAGUGAACAGUAAUAUGGAGGACAGAGGAGAAAACUCGCAGGAUCAGACGCAAACGUUCGCCCCUGAGCCGUGUGUGUCGGGGGUUGCAAGCCGCGUCAGGAUCGGGGGUAGGUGGCCGACGAACCAAGGGAGGCCGAUAGAUAGGGAUGAAGGGAGAAAGGCUCUGUGGGUGAGCCGUAUCGGGGGAAGGACGCCGGGCGUCGCGGCGCAGGCUGCCGCACCCAGCAAAGCGCUUGCUCCCCUUGAACCGGCAAAACGUAUACCUGACGCAACCGAGGAGACGACGAGCGCGCGUCGUUCUCGCGACACGCUGUUGCUAGGCGCUCGUUUUCGACCAACGAUUCCGCUCCGGGAAUUCACCCCGCUGUCCACCGAAGCCGUCCAUUCGCCUGCGUUUCGCGAAUUCCCAACACCGAGCCAAGGUCACGACACGUUCGCGUAUCGCGUUCCACGAAACUUGCCAAUCUGAAACCCGGUGCUAUCCGCGCUACUUGCCCUUCGCGUCCUGCGCGUCCUGCGCGUCCUGCGCGUCCUUCGGAAGCGUGCUACGAGCCGGUGUUCCCUCUUUGCGUCCUGUGUCCGCUUUCGCUACUUCUACGUCUUUCUGUGAAGUUCUCCACUUUUAUACGUGACAUCGAUAUGUGAAUUCAAGUGAAGUUUCGAAGAGCGAUAAGGGAAGACGAGGUGGAUCGAGGGAUGAGAUAGGAACCGACGAAGUUAUUAAGCAACGAUAGAAACCGUCAUUCAACGCAGAUCAAAAUUGAAAUCCGUCGAAGCCGUGGAAUAUAGAAUCGCGAGUUCGCUAGAUCCAGUAGCUAUCUCGUUAAUCGAAGGGGAGGACGGCAUAAAAUUUCCAGUGCAUCUCCGGUGUGUGUUUCCGACGGCGAUAUCGAUUCGAAAGUGGCGGUGCAGCAAAUGCACCGGAAAGGGAAGAAACAUCACCGGUAAACGAAGAAGUUGCAUCGAGGUACCACUGAAUUCCGCCGCUUCGUGCGCGACGCUCCAAAUCCUACCGACACCGGAACCGACCGCUUUCCUUCGAAAAUUCGUUCUCUCCUUGGUUCAGAGAACUCUUUCGAUAAAAUCGUGGAUGUCGCUGCUAUAGCGAGACAACAGUGGAAACAAAAAAAUCGCGUCUUCCGUCCUGAAGAUUUAUUUCACGCCUAUACGUUCUCGAACGAAGUGUUCUAUAUCUCACCGUGCCGAUGAAAACAGUGACUAGUGGUGGGUGAUGAUCAGUGACCCACCGUUUCGAAUGAAGUGGUUUUAGGAUGAUGGUGGAGCGUGUCGAGGACCAUCUCUUCAUGUAUCGACGUCCCGUUUACCGAGUCUUCCAGUACCUCGAAACCACCGACCAUGAGGGGAUGAGCACUGGCGUAGGAGAUGGAGCUGGAGGCGGCGGUGGCGUGCAGGGAAGCGGCGGCGGAAGAAACACGCCGCCCCAUGGAUCGCCCACCCCCAUGGACAAGGCGACUCUAAAGGUCCAUCUGCCUAACGGUGGUUUCAACGUUGUUAAGUUCGGUGAUGCGAUCGAUGUGAGGGGCAUCAUCUCUUUAGUAACUAGUCGAUUAUCAGUUGGAACUAGACACUAUAGGAACCUUUACGCCAUGAGACUGCAUCACCCUGGAUCGGGGGAGAGUUACUGGUUGCAUCAAGACACAACCAUGUAUCAGGUUCAAGAAAAGUACGAGAAAAAACAUCCUCACUGCGAGUGGAGGUACGAACUGAGGGUACGAUACUUGCCACAGAACCUGAAUGAUUUAUAUGAAAAGGAUAAAGUGACCUUCUACUAUUACUACGAUCAGGUUCGAAACGAUUAUCUCUGCGCAAACCACGCAGCUCUUGAUCAGGAUGUGGCGGUACAACUAUGUUGUCUUGAGAUUCGCUACUUCUUCAAAGACAUGCCACAGGUCGCGCUCGACAAAAAGAGCAAUCUCGAGUACCUAGAGAGAGAGGUCGGUCUACACAAGUUCUUACCGCGGUCCGUGUUGAAUGGAAUGAAACCAAAGGCACUACGCAAGUUAAUACAGCAGCAUUUCAAAAAAGUUGCAGCAUUGUCUGAGCUGGAAUGCAUGUUCAAAUUCUUCGAUCUCUUGCGCGCGCAUUACAGAUUCGAUCAGGAAAGAUUUAUAUGCGCUUUGGGGUCCAGCUGGUCUAUACCUGUAGAACUAGUUAUUGGACCAGAUUUAGGCAUAUCUUACAUGGCUCACAGAGGAGGAACGGUGCCAACGAGAAUGGCAGAGUUCUCUCAAAUACAAUCUAUUCAAACGCUGGUAUCGGACUGUAAAGAACAUGCAAAAGCGUGUAUUAAAUUAAGAGUAGCUGGAGCAGCAGAAACGCUUAGUAUAACUUGCUCGAGUCUAGAUCAAGCGGAAAGUCUUGCGGAUUUAAUCGAUGGGUACUGUAGGCUAAUUACUGGAAGCAAUACCUCGUUAUGGAACAGAAAAGCUGCAUCGUGGAAAAAUUAUCCCUGUCCAUGCAAAGAUGCUCAUCCACCAAAGUACAGACAAGAGGGAUCCAAUAGUCCUGAGAAAAACGUAAGCAAAACGGGAACAAUUUUAUCAGAGGACUACGCAGAAAUCGUGGACGAAGAAGGAGACUAUUCAACGCCAGCUACUAGAGAUUAUGAGAUAGUCAGGAAUCAAGUGGAACUAGGUGAAAUCAUUGGAGAGGGCCAGUUUGGCAAUGUACAUAAAGGUUCUUAUAAAGGACGGGACAAUCAAGUAAUACCUGUAGCAGUUAAAACCUGUAAAGUCGAUGCAGAUCUUGCAACUUCGGAAAAAUUUCUCGAAGAAGCCUAUAUAAUGCAACAAUUCGAACAUCCUCAUAUCAUAAGACUAAUAGGAGUAUGUUCCGAAGCGCCGAUUUGGUUGGUGAUGGAAUUGGCCAAAUUAGGAGAGAUGCGAGCUUAUCUACAAUCGAACAAACACCGUUUGGACCUCGCCACUCUUCUACUUUACACCUUUCAAUUGAGCACUGCCUUAUCGUAUCUUGAGAGCAAGAAAUUUGUACACAGAGAUAUUGCUGCAAGAAAUGUACUAGUCUCUGCACACAAUUCCGUAAAAUUAGCAGACUUUGGUCUUAGUAGAUGGGUAGAAGAUCAAAGUUAUUAUACAGCUAGUAGAUGUAAAUUACCUAUUAAAUGGAUGGCACCGGAGAGUAUUAAUUUUCGAAGAUUUACAACGUCGUCUGACGUUUGGAUGUUUGGUGUAUGCAUGUGGGAAAUUUUAAUGUUAGGUGUAAAACCGUUCCAAGGUGUAAAAAAUAACGAAGUGAUUCGUAAAUUAGAGAACGGAGAAAGACUUGCGUUACCGAAUCAUUGUCCUCCGCGAUUAUAUUCUUUGAUGUCUCAGUGCUGGAGUUAUGAACCCAGUAAACGUCCGACGUUUAAAGAAAUCAGAGAAACGUUACAUGAAAUUUUAUUGGAAGAAAAACAUCAGCAACAAGAAACGAUGAGACGAGAGAACAGAAGAGUGCAAGCUAUGUCUUGGGGUGCAGACGAUGUACCACCACCUAAACCUUCGAGGCAACCGCAAAACACAACAGAUCAAUCUCAGCUAACCGCUGCAGCGCCAGUUUCGACAUAUAUCGUGGCACAAAGCCCCGAGGUUCUUGCACAACUUCUCAAGGAUAAUCAAACUAGGGGGGUAUGUCCCUCCGUCUACACAACACCCGCUUCGCCUUUCAAUACCUUAGCCGUACAAUUUCAAGACGAAGAGCAAGUCUUAACUACCGCCUUAGUUUCAGAUCUACCCUUUUUCGAUUCAGCCACCUCAGAACCUUCUGCCUCCCACGAUACUCAUUCAGGAGAUUCCACUUUGUCCGACACUAAUUUAGAUUCCCUUGAUUCCUCGGACACUCCUCUCAUGUCGAGCCUUAAUAUUUCAGACGCGACACAAGCUCAGUCCCCCGCUGCCAAUAGAAAGCAGCAGAAGGUUAAAGAGAUGCAAAAUUUGUACGCGGUUAGUUCAAAAGUCGUUGGUAGCAUUACUGGAGAUUUGUAUUCUCCCGUGCAAAAAUUCACAACGUCCAAUGCUAUUCCUGCUACAACUAGCGUAGCCACUUGUGGCGAAAUAUACGGGCCUGUCGCUAAUUUCACGCAAAGUUCUGCCAUCGUUGGUAAUCUUAGUCAGAGCCCCAGCGUAGGUGGUAAUUUUGGUGAAAAUCCUGGAAACUUUGGGCCUAGUAGUUUAAAUAGUAUCGUAGGAUUGAACAAUCAAAAUCACUCGUCAAAUUUUGGCCAAUUUUCUGUUAAUAACACGAAUCAAACAUUCGGUGUUGCUCAACCGGUAAGCCAAAAUUCUAGUUGCAUACAAAAUCCUGUCACUGCCGUCGCGUAUCCUCGUGUAUCGAUUGUUAGUUCGACCAGUGCUGUUGUUCCUGGGUCAAAUACGGAAUGUUUGUACGGACCGGUACUGAAAUUUCGAGCGCAAAACAUUCAAAAUCAAAAUGUCUCUGAUUUGAAACCCGUAAACGUAUCGGUUGGAUCUGCCAUACCAAAUUCGAGAAGCAAUUUAGCACACACUUCGGCUCCAGGACAAAAUCUACAAGCACAGCCGAUGCACGCCCAGAAUUAUCAGCAUCAGCAAAUCUAUUCGAACAUUAGCCAUCCAGGAACGCAACCAAUGUACAUGUCACAGUCACAGAACGUGCAAAACAUCCAAAAACAAAAUCCCAUUCAUCAACCCGUUUCUUACAUCCCAACACAACAUACGAAUCAGCAAAAUCAAGCGACAGGUGCUAACCCAAUUUACACGGCACAAACGGCUUCAGUUACGGUGGUGCAAGCUCAGAAGAUUCAGGGCCCCGUAUACGUACAACAAAUUCAAGCUGGGAUUGCGAGUCACGUACCGAGCGCUCAAGCAAUGAAUCAGCAAUUGUCUUUUGAAAUAGCACAAAGUCAUCCCGUUCAAAUGCAUUUCGCCACAUCAGGUGGCUCAGUUCAACCCACUAGCCAGCAACACAUGCAUCCAAGCACAUCUAACAUUGUAAUGGGGCAACAAUCGACUUCUGUUAUCGCCACGCAGCAUGCUCCGACACAAUGCAACGUAUCAAAUCUGUCAGCAACCAUAGCGAACGCGACACAGUAUUUACAGCAACCAGUGAUGCAGGCGGGAAUCAUAAGAUCAAGCACUCCUCAGAUAGCAACUGGUGUUGCAAAAAUUACUACAUUCGUAAACCAAAAACAAGACGAACAACUGACAAGCUCGACAGAUGGUACACUCUCUGGAUCACUGAUAUCUUCCGCUGUCAGUGAUAGCACAAUGUCAUCGAGCAGCUCGAUGACAGAGGAGGCACAGCAAGAUCAGAGAGCCAUACAAUCACAGUUCGAUAACAUUGCAGAAAAUUUCAACAGUGGAAUUGACGAUGAACAAAAAUUAUUAGAACAACGACUUUUGGAACAACAACGCCAGUCGGAAGAAGAUAGUCGUUGGUUGGCAAGGGAAGAGAAACGUCUGUCCAUUGCGACAAGUGGAGACGAAAGCGCGAGUCCACCAAUUCCCCGUUCAGUUACGCAAUCACCAAAUCAUGAACAACAUAGUGCUAAUACCGGUUCUAUAGGUUCCGAUAAAAGUACCGAAAAAAUAAUUGUAGUGAAGAAAAUGGAACCAACACCAACUGCUGAUCUAGAUAGAACGAACGAUAAGGUAUAUGAUUGUACCACCAGUGUAGUUCGUGCUGUGAUGUCUUUAUCUCAAGGUGUCCAACAAAGCAAAGCUGACCAAUAUUUGGAAUUAGUACGUAAAGUGGGUAUCGAAUUGAAGGCCUUACUUUCAUCUGUAGAUGUUCUGAUGGACAUAUUACCUACAUCUGCUCAUCGAGAAGUAGAAAUGGCGCAUAAAGUUCUUAGUAAGGAUAUGGCAGAACUUGUAGCUGCCAUGAAGCAAGCUCAGAAAUACAGUGCUACUACUUUGGAUGCAGAAUACCGAAAAGGAAUGCUAUCAGCAGCACAUAUUUUAGCAAUGGACGCAAAAAAUCUUUUAGAUGUAAUUGAUUCGAUACGCAUUCGAUAUCCAUACGUAGAAGGCCAAAUUUGCCAAAAGCAAAAUCAUAUUAGUACUUCACAAGAAUCAAUGCCAGAAAGUCGUAUUCGUUCGAGUCAAUCUGGAGAACAUUUCUUAAGAAGAAGUCAGUCGAGUGAACGUCAAGGUACAACAUUCAGACAGAGUCAAAGCGGUGAUCUUCUACAUAGAAUGGGACAAUCCGUUGAUCGUUCGUUGCAGGGUAGCCAAACUGAUGUUAGCAGUAGUUCUAGUUUAGAAAGAAGGCAUCAUAUCGUCACUAACAGUCUCGAACGUAAUUCAACAACAAGGAGACAAAUGACCACAAAUAGCUUAGAAAGAAAAAGACCAUCGUUAUCUUGUAAUAUCAGCCCUAUGAAUAAUUCGGUUAAUCUGCCACCAAUGGUACCAGUUACCUGUAAUUUAGUCCAAACAGUUGGACCUGUCAUUCAUCCAAGUCAAACAGUUACAACAGGUAUUAAUCAACAGUCAGUGUUUGCACCUAAUAAUAAAACGACAAAUGAAAGUGCAACAACUGAUAGCUAACAACGAGGUGUCUUGUAUUAAGGAAAACUUCGAGGGAAUAAUUAUAUGUACAUAGACUACAUCGUACAAGUUACCCAUUUACGUCUCACGCAUAAUUCAGCAGCAGGAGAUUUAGUAUUUAUGCUUUUUAUAGCUCUUUUUAACAUUUAACAAACUUUGUCUAAACGUACUUAUAGAUAGGACAGUAUUCGUUAGAUGUAGUCAUAGAAUUAUUACUAAAAGACGUAAGUCACAGCUAUAAAGAAAUCACUCCAAAGCUUUAGAAUUAUUGUUAAUUUGUUAUUAUAUGACAACCACGUGUAUAGGGUGACGCAAAAGGCACCCUCGAAUUUAAAGUUCAAGCGUUAUAAGUGUACGUAAUUUUUAUCGAUACAAAACCAAUAUUUACAUGAGGAGUUAUUUAAAUUUUGUUACAUAUACUUUAACAUCAUUGAAAAUUAACUACAACAGGCUUGCUAUUACAAUAUCACGAUGUAUACGAUCCAUAACUUUGGAGAUUGUCUCAUUGCAUCACCCUGUAAGUAGUUGAAUAAUUCUAUAUAUAUUUAUAAAUAUAUAUUUAAACGAAUAGUUCGAAGUAUUCUGCAAAAAUCGAAUUUCUCAUAGGAUACAAUUUUGCGAAGUUGUUUUUAUGAAUUUAUAAUUUAAUAGUCUAUUUCCUGCUAAGAGGAGUGAUUAUAAUUGUAAAAAAUGGGACUGAACGUUAUUUCUAUUAGGUAAUUAUUUAGCAAUUCAUACCAAUUUGUGAAAUUUAUAUAAAAUGUUUUAUAAAAAAUGAAUCAUUCUUCAGCGGCAAGUCAGUUCCUAUAAAAUAUUUAUAAAAAUUUCAUCUUUGCAUAAGAAUAGUAUUGAUAACUCAUCAACACAGUGCGCUUGUAAGAACACACAUAGUGCAUUUAUGACUCUAUUAAAUAUUCCAUAAAUAUGAAGUA